CUGAACAUGCAAUAUUUCUGUUUCGAUGGUCGAACGUUUUACAACAAUUUUAUAUUUUUACAUCGUUUUGAGAAGUGUGAUUUUACCGAAAGAAUAUUGCUUUUUCUUUGACCAUACUUAUGCGCAUGUAUAUAUGUUAAGGAUAUUUCUGUGAGGGAAAUGCGCAUGAGUUAUUUAUCAGCACGGAAUACGAAUAAUCCAUACUGGAAACACUAUAUCAAUGGUGCAUGUAUAAAUAAUACAUCGUAGACUCAUUUUACAUGUAGUGCGUUCAUUUGCACACGUUCGUUUCAUCCAUCAAGCUCUAUCAAUUAAUGUGUUCUAUCGAUUUCAAAAUAUUGGAUUCUGAUUAAUAGUAUAAGCUACAAUAUAUUCAACCUACACAAAUAUUACGUGGAGACGUUUAUACAUUGUUUAGGUUUUGUUUUAAUCAGCGAAGCAUGAACUAGCCUCAAUCAUACGCUAUAUAUGUGAACCAUGGUCAUAUUUUCUUAACAGUGUUUAUGUUGAACAGAAUACGUUUUUUUAUCAAUUUACUUUAGAUUUCUAUCUUAAGACAAAAUAUUUCACUUUUGCAUCAGCACUCCGGCAGUAAACAGUGAUUGGAAUAGUUGUGAAACUAGGCAGAACAAUUUUGAAAAUAUUCACUUUCACAAAUUAAGUACCAUAAACUAUUUGGAUAAAGUUACCAAAAUGGAGUGUUGUGUUUUUCUCAAAUCUUUACGCCAGGAUGGCGUCGCUUUUGCGGAAAAUCACAACAAAAGACAAGAAGAGAGGACAGAAUAAGAAGAGAUCAUCUUGGUUAAACUGUUCCUGCGUCGCUUCGCCCGACACUGAUGAUAUAAAAGAGGAAUCUAGGCCGUUAGAUAAGAAAAAAAUCAAGGAAGAUCAGCUAGAGGAUAACGCAAAAGACAUGGGUGCAGCCGAAUCUAAAAGGACCUUUAGUGAUGAGGUCCUUAAUAUGCCUGUGAAGUUUGGGGAAGAGCCGCAGAGAAAAAGUAGUAAAAAAGUGAAAAAUGGUAAAGAAGGAAGUGUAAAAGUUUCAAAUGACAUUGAAAAAAGUCAUGUUGACAACGUAAACGCAGAAGUGCAUGAUAAUAGAGACUAUGGUGAUAAAGAUGUUGAUGAAACAGAAGAAAUAAAAAGUCCAAAGAAAGACGAAAGCGGUGUGAAUAAUGAUAAAAAAGAUGAUUCCAAGACAGAUAGUGAUUCUUCUUCAUACGAAUCAUGCAGUGACAAAGAAAACGAAGACAUUAAGAAAGGAAAGGCAUGGAAGAAGUCACGUGAAAAGGCUGAGUCCAAGGUGAAAGCAAAUGAUGAAACUGAAAAAGAUCGAAAGAAUACUGACAGUACUGAUGGUAUUGAGGUCACCGUCGUUGACAGAUCAGACGGAUUUGAACAAACCGGUGUUUGCAAUUCCGAUAUUGACAGCGAUAGAGGUGAGGAUGAUCAUGACAAUGAUACACCUUCCGAUGAAAAUGGUGACACAUCUGCCGCUCAAAAUAACGACACACCUGACGACGAUUCAAACAUUGAGAAAGCAAAAUCGACAAAAAGUAGAAAUCCACUGCAGAAGAUGCAGAGUAGAAUCAUGGACGCAAUAUCUUUCCAGCAUUUCGAUUCUAUCACACCUGAAGUGGUAAUAGACAUCAUGAAGACAAACCCUACCCUGAAGUUCCUAGCGUCGUUGAACUCGCGUCUAAAAAAGAAUGACAAAGACUGGAAUAGAGAGUUCCUGGAUAGGGAAGGCGGAGACACGCUUCUAGAUCUCGUGGAAACUUUAGGGGUCCGCCGCGUGGUGGUGCUAGCGGAUGCCAUGUUAUUGCUUGAGUGCGUCAGCUGUGUAAAGACGCUUAUGAACUCUAAGAUGGGCCUCGCAUACCUGGUGGAACAUGGUGACUCUCUGACUAGGCUUGUACGAGCCCUGGACACAAAUAACGUGAUGGUGAAGAAACAGGUGUUUGAGCUUCUGUCGGCACUGUGUGUCUACUCCGCCGACGGCUACAAGCUUACCCUUUCAGCCCUCGACAGUUUUAAGGUUGCCAAGAAGCACCGGUACAAGUUCAGCGUGAUCGUGCACGAGAUACGGACAGCUGAGAUCGUGCCGUACAAGACAGCCCUCAUUGCCUUCAUCAACUGUAUUCUGGUCGCAACUGAGGACCUGGAGGAAAGGACUCGUCUUCGCAAUCAGUUCAUUGGUCUAAACCUCCUGGACAUUAUCGACGAGCUACGUAACGAAGAUGACGAAGACCUUGUGAUCCAGUGUAACGUAUUUGAUGACGAGAAACAGGAAGAUGACGAAGCGUUGAAUGCCCUUAACCCCGCAGGCGUUGACGUCAACGACCAUAACGCCAUCUUUAACGCACUUUAUGAGAAGGUGUACAACACUCCACAUUCAGACGAACUUCUCAACAUCCUUCAGACUUUGCUCCGCAUAGACACAGAAGCGGGGGAUGGAGAUGUACGGUGGGAUUGUGCAGAGACGGCUGUCCGCCAGGCAAUCUACAUGCCACUCCCAAAGGCUCAAGCCUCUUCCACUCUUAUGGUGGCCAAGUCAUCAAAGCAGCUCUUCUGUGAUCAUUGCGGCUUCUUCAAUAAACAAUGUCAGGACUUCAGUGCUCAAACAAACCUUGCACCCAUUCAAAGCUCUUCCUCUGCUGUGAUUAAUGUUGACACAAAAUCUUCUUUCGCAAAUGCCAUAUCGGAACUGAAUUCGAAAAACUUUUCUCAGCAAAUAGCUCAAACAGCUGCGAAUGCCAGUAACUCGGCAUCUGCUGAGCCUUCUUUAGUUGUUCCGGUUCCGCCACCCCCACCUCCUAUGCCCGGAGCGGGCGUUCCUUCUCCUCCACCACCACCACCACCACCACCAGGAGCUGGGAUCCCACCACCACCACCGCCGCCGCCUUUUCCGGGAGGCGCCCCUGCUCCACCUCCACCUCCGCCUCCCCCAGGACUCCCGGGGUUCCCACAACCUCCUCCACCACCACCGCUGCCACCGGGAAGUGGUAUACCGCCACCGCCGCCACCACCACCAGGAACCGGAGGUGCUAUUCCUUCUCCACCGCUCCCACCAGGUGGCCUUCAAAGGGCGUCAACGUUUCCAUUAAGAUCUCAACCUGAAUAUUUGCCACAUAUAAGCACGCCUACACCAAAACAUAAGAUGAAAACAUUCAACUGGUCGAAAAUUCCUCCGAAUUCCGUUACAGUUGAAGGUAACGUGUGGAAGGAAGUGAUCUCUAUGGACGACCAGAUUCCCGUCAACUACGACACAAUCGAGCAGCUCUUCUGUCUCAAAACCAUCGAGCACGAGGCUAAAGGACCCGUCAAACAGCAUGUGCCCUCAAAGGUUUUGUUACUGGACAACAAGAAGAGCAUGAGCGUAAACAUCUUCCUGAAACAGUUCAAGGAGGGCAACAAGGAGAUCGUCGCCAUGAUCCGCCAGGGGGACGUCACCAAGAUCGGCAACGAGCGAAUACGAGGUCUUCAGAAGAUUUUGCCCGAUACUGAAGACAUGAAGCCAAUUUUAGACUACACCGGUGAAAAGGAAAUGCUAGGCGGGGCGGAACAGUUUUAUCUCGAACUUCAUAACCUAGAUGGUUACAAACAGCGCAUUGAUGCUAUGGUUUUGCGGCUUGAUUUCGGAGCUUUUUUGGAUAAAGUGAAGCCACUCAUAAAGACGUACAUUAAGACGUGUGAUGCUUUGAUGGAAAACGACUCAUUGAAAGUCUUCCUGAGAUUUGUUCUCCACACAGGAAACUUCAUAAAUGCGGGGAAGUAUAGCGGGAACGCGGUGGGCUUCAAGAUCAGUUCCCUGAUCAAACUAGCGGAUACACGGGCGAAUAAACCCCGGGUCACGCUGCUCCAUUAUCUGGUGAACGAGGCGGAGAAGGAACACAGCAACGCCAUCGCUUUUGUUGACGAGUUGUUUCCCGAUCUCAGUUACAUUAACAGAUACACACUCGACAACCUAAUGGCAGAGGUUGCCGAGAUCACCGCAGACGUAACAAAACUUGACAAAAUGAUGGGAAAUGCAUCAGAGGACAUACACAAGCAAUUCAUGGAGUUCAUCAAGAACGUAAAGAAAGAGCUUGCCGAAAUCAAAGAAAGCUUGGCAGAGAUAACACAGCUUUCCAAAAACCUAGCAGGUCAUUUUUGCGAGAGUGAAUCCAGCUUCAAACUCGAGGAAUUUAUCAGCAUCAUGACGGUGUUCUGUGAGAAAGUCCGCCAAUGCCAGAAGGAAAACGAACAGAAGCGGUUACAGGAAGAAAAGAUGGAGAGGAGACGGAAGGCUCAGGCAGAAAUAAAACACAAACCAAAAGAACCUAGAAAAAUGCCCAGCCAAGAAGACGACGGAUGUAUCAUUGACAAGUUGCUGUUGGAAAUUAAAAAGGGUUACAGCCUGAGAAAGUCGCCAAAGAAAGUGAACGAAUCAAAAUGCUAAAAAAAGUUUUUGCCAUGACUUUGUUUUGUUUAUAUUGUUCUGAAUAUUAUGUUUUUUAUGAGAUAAUUGAACGUGUUGAAACGUUUUUCCUCUGUAUAGAGAAAUAUAAUCAAACAAUGCUCCAAUUGACUGUGACUUAGAAGAGAAAAAACAUUUAAUAAUGCAAUAUAUGAAGCUACUUGAAAUCUGCACAAUGCUCGUAUUGCAUUAUUGCUAAUUGUGAUAUCAUCUUGAGCUACUGGAACAACAACUGAUAUACAUGUAUGUUUUAAGUGAUUGUAUAUUCUGUGAUGAAUCAAAAUAGUAUGUUAAUCAUUUUCUAUAACGUUAGCCCUCGAACUGGCUUAAUAUAGAUGUUGCAAGUAAACUUCACACCUAACAUGUGUACAUAUCAGUGUGAACUCAGUGUGUAUACUGGUUGAGAAGCAGUUUCCGACGGAAAGCAGUUUCCGACAAAUCGCUUUUUCGCGUACCUUCCUUAGAUCUUCAUAAAGAAGGUACUGCAAUUCAACUAUAUGGUAACUAGGCAAUCUAAAGUUGAAAUUCUUACCGAGACACGUAAGAAACUUUUAUAAUUAUGAAAUGUUUAAUGUUUAUUUUUCAUUUUGUACACAAACUUGCACGUGGGGGAUAUGCACGCGCAGCGUAUUGCGCAUGCGUGUGAACCUAAUUUGCAUAUCUAUGAAUAGCUACAAGGUUUUCCUUAAUUAACUUAUACAAACGAUGAUCAUUGUGUACAUAUUUGUGAACACUGGUGUCAUGCUUGUUUCGCAUCCACAUUCACUUAAAUGUAAACAAACACAAGUUUCGAUCAGAAAUGAAUAAAAAAAUCAUUGAUAUUCAGUCUCUGCCUGAUUUUCGAGUAUGAAUUGAAUGUCGUAAAUUUUAAGGUUUAAAUUUAUCGUAAAUGCUGAAAAAUUAAAUAACAUUUCUCUUAUUACAGUCUUAUAUUUACUUUAUUAAAUAAACGGAUAAUAAAAACACACAACAGGCACCUUAAAUAUGCCCCGCAUUCAAAUUGUCGAAAACUGCUUCUCAUCAUAAGCUAAUCAGAACAGUGUAAGUACCCUCUUUGCGCCCCUAUUAGAUACACUUUAUGUGACGUCACACAUGUAAGAAAUAUAUCGGCAAUAGCAGCUUGAGCUGUAGUUAUAUAAAAUGUGAACAGUUUUAGUAAAUAUUUAAACACGUUUAAAUAAUUCAAUAAAAACGUUUAAAAACUGUCGGAAACUGCUUCUCAACCAGUAACAUUCAUGUACUAUAUAUUGUGUGGGUUUUUUGGAAUGUAUCAUGUACUUUUAUAACUGGCAAUGUUUUGGUGUGUUUUCCAUUAUUGUUAUCAUAAAGAUAAGUUUAUAAGAUGUUUAAAAGAAGGUUGUAUCAUAUGAACAAUUACUAUUUACAUGAAUUUGUUUGUUGAUUGUGUUUUCUAUGUUAAAUAUUUUAAUAAACAAAAACUUAAUCAUUUGGCAUGUAUCAGUCUGGAUCGCUUGGCUUGAAUAAAUUAAUGACGAGCUUUA